GGCAGUGGGAACUACACAGCAGAGAUGAGUCUGAACAUGGGGAGCAAUGUAGAGCCUGGUGAUGCUGUGCCUGCCCUGGGCAACCUCAGAGUGGUUAUCAACUUGAAGACAAACAAUAGUCAGAUUAACCUUAAGGUCACCUCCUGUUGUCUGUCCCCAACUAUUCAGCCAGACACCACCAACUCCACCUGCUGCCUUUUCUCCAGGUUAGCAGCAGAGCCUGCGUGGAUCACACUGCUGCCCAGUACCCUGUCAACCAGUUCCAGCUUCACCAUUAGUCUCUUCCAAAUGAUUAAUUACUCAGUAGUCUACCUACACUGUGAUCUCAGUGUCUGCCUGAGGAACCGCUCUCUCUGUGAAAGGCAGUGUCUUCAGCAGAGGAGUACAUUUUCCUUAGAGGGUUCAAAGGCUGCUGAGACCAAUCUCAGGAAUCUCAUAUCCUUUGGUCCUAUGUUGAGAGAAGUGAAGAAUUCUACCUUCCCUGAGGAGAUAGACCCGUCAGAGCUUGACCUGGUUCUGGUCAUCGUCGGCCUGUUGGUUGGCUUCACUAUCGUCACGGUGAUGCUGCUGCUGGUGUGGCUGGCCUACCAUCGCCUGGCAAUCUGGCUGCUCCAGUCGGCAUCUCCACGACGAGCCUGCUGUGGGUGUGUGCACGCUGGAGGUGACUUGAUCCUACCGUGACCAAGGAUGCACCACUGCCAAUUACACUGAUCACGUCCUCACCAAAAUAGCUGCCGACAAUUACAUUAUUCAACAGACAGUGGAGCAGUCAAUCAUAUUAACCGUAGAGCAGAGGCUUGUAUCAGCCGGUACAGGCCAGACUAGAAGAUGAGAAGCAAUCCACUUCACACCUCCUCUCGAAGGUGACACAGCUGUUGCAGUCGAAUAUCACACUUAACAAUGAGCAGUCUAUUAUCAUUCGCUGAAAAUAAACACCUUCCCCAAAUAGAAAAGCUGCUCUGAUCCCUUCAUUAUCCCUCAGAGGCAACAAAUCAAUAGUCUUUGUAUCCCAUUUUGAGAUAGAUUGCUCGUUAAAACCAGUUUUACAUAAUGUGUUCAUUCGUGAUUUGACAGUUAUAUUGAGCCUCUGUGAUCAACUGUUAAUAGAAAAUAUCACUCAUUGGGUAACGAAAAACUCCAAGCUUAUUUGUAGUUGUAAUCAGACGUACACAAACCCUCUGAAAUGCUGGUUUUCAUUUUAUAUGUCCAAUCAAAAUGACAUAUUACAUCAAUAUAUAAUGUUAUAUGGCAAA